AGGUUCUGUGGUUGUGGAAUUUGUUGAAGUCGAUGACGAAAGUCAAAACAAAUUAUUUGCAUCCUCCUUACUAUCCGAGGAAAAGAAGGAAGAUAAUCUACUAGUAGAGCCAAUCUGCAAGUCGGACGACGACGAAGGUUCUGUGGUUGUGGAAUUUGAAGCAGAUGAUGAUGAUAUUGAUGCAGAUGAUAUUGAUGACGGCGAUGAUGACGACAAUGUAAACAACGACAACAGCAACAACAACCUUGAAACUAUUGUGGGUGAUGUCCACAACCGGCGUCAGAGGUAUCGCAGCCGGCGGGAUAGCACCAUUAGUUUCCGAGCUUCGACGCGGACCAGAAAAUCCAUCAAAACCACAAUGGGUCGCGAUGCCGAUGACUUUAAGAAUUUGCACGAAAUGAAAAACAACUGGAGAUGGCAACAAGUGGCUCGUGCCAUUGACGACGCGGCACGAGUACUUUUCCCCUUCGCUUAUGCCAUUGCCCUCUCGGUUGUAUUGGCCAAGGCAGAGAGCUGGUAAGGGAGCAUGCAACUGAAGAUUGGCGACAUGCAACAACUAACAGCUGAUGGACAUCCUGGUAUGGUCUGCCUAUACAAUGGAGCAUGAUUUGGAAGCACACGGUAUACAGUACUCCAAAACGUUGGAUUGGACGGACACAUCCAUGUGGAACAUCUGGCCGUGGCUUUUCUCGAAAAUCUCAACGCCCUGAAAAGAUCGCAAGGGGAGAACGCCAACUUGGGGGAGAACGCUAUGAAAGGGGAGAACGCCAAGUUAGGGAGAACGCAACGCUAAACUAUGAUACGCACUUGCAAGGUCGCGAGGGGGGCAAGCAAGUACGAUAUGAUAAGGAGGUUUUAUCGAAUCGGAAGUAGCGAUUGUUAUCCGUUUGGUUUCAUCCCAGAAGGAAGACUGUCGUAUCCAUUGCAACAACAACACACAAUUCCAUCCAUUGGGAGCUCAUCAACUGGUCUUCCAGGUCAACAGAACUGAACCUGAAUCUACUUACCUUAUUGCAGUGGUGCCACACAAUGACGAGAGAAGCUUCAGUGGACGACUGUCCACCAAAGUCUGGUGCGAGACCGCAAGCUGGAAGCAGUUCCAGAGUGCUACUGCCAGCGAGGGUCGUCUCCCAAUUGGCGAACUUCCUUGCGGGUGCAGUCAGUGUAGCUGUCGUCAUCUUGGCCAUUCUCGAGGCGACCAAAAAGAACGUUGCAAAUGAACUAGGCGAGAAACCCGACACGCCGAUUGUUGUUGAUACAGUUGAGGAACCCUAUGCCGUCGUUGUGCCAACAGUGGCAAUUCCAGACCAUCUUGUGGAAGUGGCAUCUAUGCUCGCGCCCCACAAAAGCGAAGAAUUUGCUCGGUCCGCCUUGGAAAACAGUGAGGUUGCUAGGACUCUUGUAGAGCAGGCAGAAAGUCUCGUUGAUGCGGACACUUUUAUUCAAGCCACUCGAGUCUACAUGGGCGAUCGUCUACUGCAAGAAAAGUACAAGGAAUGGAACGACUUCUUGACAAAAAAGCAAGGACCAAAGAUUCGAGAUAUGCAGGCCAGCAUUUCGCGCGCUCUCUUCCUAUUGCAACAGAGCCUAGAUACCAACAAAGCAGACAAACUAUGCAACAUCAUCAAGGAAGAAAUCGCCCUUCGAGGAAGUACGAUAGAUCAGUUGGGUGACUGGCUUGGGUUGGAGAAAGGUGGAGCCUGGUUUCGAGGAUUCAGGGAGAGAUUCGUGAACACAACAAAACUGAUGUUUCCACUCUUGUCAGAAGAGACUCUACUCGUUCGAACUGAAGAAGCCAAGGUUCUCAGAGAAGGCUCUGCCCAUGUAUACAGCGCCCUUUUGCUGUCCACUAAAGGCGAGAAAGAGAAAACUUGGUAUCAUAGCACGAACCUGAAAAUCGACCAACUCUUUGAGGCCUUCAGCAUGCUCAAUACUGAACUAGCCGCGAAAGAAGGCGAAAAGCGGGCGGCUCAGCUUGACUUGACAACCCAUGAGAUGAUAGUCAAAGUUUCCAACGACACUGCUGAUUUUCGCAAGAAAAACUGUGCGGGACAACUCAAAGACUAUGAACGCCGGAAGCAGCAGAUCGAGGAGGCCAUUGCUCAAGAACGCAACAAAGAAUCCAGCAACAAGCAGAAACGGAUUUUUUUGUUGGUUCGUGAGUGGGAGCAUAAUCCAGCUUUGAUCCAAAGGCGCCUGCUGGUGGAAUUCCCCAUGGAGUUGGAGAAGUUGAAUGAGAGCAUCGAGGCUGCAACUUCUUGCGUUGAGAAUGCCAUGACCGAUAAGCAGCUUCGCGAAGCGUUGGUGGAGAAGGUUGCAGCAGAGAAACGCGUUGAGGAGCUUGAUGGUGAAAUUCAAGUUCUCCGUAAAGGCAAGCCUGAACUACGAGACAAGAAUGUGUCAAGCUUCUUCGAAAGCACAGGAGAGGUGAGAGUUCUGGAAACGCUCAAAAGUUACGGGACCGAAAAGCUUGUAGAUCAUGCCACAGAGCUACAAGAGCAGAUUCAAAGCAGGCUUGGGGAGGGAAAUUUCUCUAGUGUGACGGAUUGGUCAACGGACCGGAAGCAAAUGGCUUAUCUUGUGCAAGCCAUGGAGCGUCAGUUCAAGUUGGUAGGCCUCGGCCGAAGCGGAGAGCAGAGCGUGUCAUCUGUGGAGGCUCUUCGAUUGGAGCUCACUGAGUAUCUCUGGAGAGUUUCGAGUGCAAGGUCCCUGUAUGAAAUUGAACGAGUUGUCAAGGGUAUGAGAGCAACCAUCUACAGAAAUAGGUUCAACGAGCAGUUUCUCACUGAGAUCAGCAGCACCCAGUUUGCGGAGAGGUUGGCCGGCAGAAUCGUUUUCAAUGCUGGCGAUGAGAUUGGGACGCAAGUGGAAACCGGUCGAACCGUUCCCGAUGGCAACUACAUCGAAGCAACGAUUGCAGGAUAGUUUUUAUUUGUCCAGAGAAGUUGUUGGGUGCAUUCACAAGUGCGAAUGGCAGCUGUAAUAGUCGAGUCAUUACAAGUUCGGCAGAGUGAACCUUACACUAGAGUAGCUUUCAAAUUGUGCGAACCGUUGUAGACGGGGAUUUGGGUAGCAAGAACACGAUUGUUUAGAUAUCAUUAGUGCAAUCCGCUUGAAACACAGCUUGCAUUGCGUAUCGCCGCCGAACACUCUCUUGCAUUUGUAGAAUUGUUUUUUCCAUCGCAGUUUGUGGAUCAGGUGUAUUGUAAAAUUGACUCAAGCGACCAUCCGGGAAGAUGCAACCAAUAUGGAUGUUGGAACCAACUGACUUGGGCAACACAGCACGGCAUGAGGAGAUCAGCAUGUUGAAGCAGAGGCCAGAGUGGAAGCAGUUCACUUGCUCCAUUGUAAAAGGGUACAAACAGUACACUUCUGUGCAGAUUUUCUUCGAAAUCUUGAAGUCCAUGUUGGAGGCCAAACUGAAUCUAUCACACUCGUACACAUGUGUGAUCCCAGUUCGAAUACUGUGAAAGUCUGGGCCCAUGGCAUGCAAGAUAUAGUAGAGGCCUGCAACAAAACAUUUCCAACCUUUCUCUGUUUUGAGUACCUGCAGAUCAAAGCCUCUCAUAUCUGCAAUCAUGGCAUAUCCACCAUUGCAGUGGUUGUAGGUGAAAGAAAGGAAUAAUUGGGGCAUCAAAGAUACAACGCUGCGCAAAGCCACUAGUGCAUCUUCCAGUGUGUUUUGAAUAUUAUAUUCCUGCCGAAAUCCCUUUAAGCAUAUGGCUCUGUCAACAGCAGCUCCCACAUCAGCUUGAUCGAUAAUUGCCAACUGGCAGUACUCAAAAUCAGAGAGUUUGUCCAGAUCAGGGCAGCUCUCGAUGGCUGUCUUGAUGGCACGAGCCCAUUGGCGUUCUUGGUCGGUGAGUUCCAUGGACGAAUCAACCCGAGGAGGCUGUGGUGGAGGUUGCUGCUGGUUUUCUUCGUUCCCAUCAUCUUCGGCAACAGGAGCAUCCUCGUUUUGGGGUGGCGGUUCUUCAUUUGGGUGAUUCCCCCCUUCAACAUCUUGGUGUGCUCUUGGCACAGCCACUUGCUCUAUCUCCGCCUCCACUACAUUCAUCCUUGCUUUCAAUCUUCAAAUAAUGCAACCAACUCUUUGUAAAAGAACGGUCGAGAGAUCUACUGGCAGCGCUCGAGGUACUCUCCUUCUUCACUGUGGUGGCUCCAAUUUUGUUGAAUUCUUUGCAGGUCGGGAGGAGGAGAGUUAUUAGAGGCGAGUCCAGCCCAAAGUCGCUUGGACGCUUGGACACUUGCUUGGGAAGGCAUCUGGAGUGAUGACAUGCACCACGUAGCCACCUAGUGCUUGAGUAUUGAGUGCUAGCUAGUAGACUGCUAGCAAGUAUUUAGUAUUGUAUUAUACAUACUACCUGUGGUAAAGGCUUCCGUGGAGAACUUCUCUACCGGCACUCUACUAUUAAUACAUUAAUACUAGCUAGUAGAUCUAAGACUCCUAAAUCACCCUG